AUGGCUACGAGCACGACCGCGGGGUCUCCCAGCACCACCAAUGCCACCACCGGGCUCGAGGUCUACGCCGACCUCCAAGCCUGGAUAGCCCAGCACGGCGGCCAGCUGCACCACGCAGUGCAGGUUGCCAAAGACGAGCAACGCGGGGUGCACCUGCAAGUCCGCCAGGGCACCGAGGGUGGCCUCCUGGCCGUGGACACGCACAUCAUUCAGACGCCGCUGACCACGACGAUCUCGUACUUCAACGUCAUCGGGUACCGUGCAUCAUCCACCGCGGCCGCUUCCGAUGCAGAUGCAGACGCCAACGACGGUGGAAUCGUUGAGUUCAAGUCCCACGGCCUGGACUUCCCGCGCGCCUUCAUCGACGCGGUCGGCUCGAAGGAGGCGACCGUCUUCUUCCUGGUGGGCCAGUAUCUGCGCGGCGCGCAGAGCUUCUGGUACCCGUACCUGCGGACGUUGCCGCAGCCGGGGACGUUGACGACGCCGCCUAACUAUGAGGGGGAGGACCUGCGGUGGUUGCAGGGGACGAGUCUGUUGCCGGCCAGGGAGCAACGGGUCGAGAAGCUGAAGGGGAAGUAUGAGGCUGCCGUGCGGGCGUUGAGGGAGGCUGGGUUUGAAGGGGUGGAGGCGUAUACUUGGGAUCUCUAUCUAUGGGCCUCGACGAUUUUCUUCUCGCGCGCCUUUUCUGCGAAGGUCUUGUCCGGUGUGAUUCCCAAGGAGGAGCUGUCGGAGGAGAAUAUCUCGGUCUUGCUGCCCUUCUUCGACGUGGCUAAUCAUCGGCCGCUGGCUAAGGUCGAGUGGCGAGCGGAGAAGGAUGAGGUCAGGUUUGUGGUUCUGGAGAACGUGAGUGCUGGAGAGGAGAUCUCCAAUAACUACGGACCUCGGAACAAUGAACAGUUGAUGAUGAACUACGGUUUCUGUCUUCCGGGCAAUCCUUGUGACUAUCGCACUGUGAGUCUUCGCGCACCAGCUGGUAGUCCGCUUCAGCAGGCCCGCUCCCAUCAGCUCCAGAUGUUCCCGCAUUUGGCUGCGGAAACUGAAGACCACUACUACGUCUUCAACAUCUUCUAUCCGCUGCUGGCCCCGGAUACUGCAAUGGAGCAUUCGAUCUUCUCGCCUGCUCUCCUCAAUGCGGUCUCCGUCCUGGCGGCGAACAAUCGGGAAUUGGAGACUCUAGAAAUCACGGACCACAACAUCAAAUUUCCCAGCGUCUACGGUAACUCACGCACGCUGCUGGCUGCAAUGAGCCAGAUUGUGAUUGAACUUAUUAACCAUGCUGUGAAGCUGAGAGCCUCCGGCCAAGAUCUACAGCGCCCGGAGAAUCUGAAACAGAUUCACGCGAAGAUGUACCGUGACAGCCAGAUCAUGCUUUCUGAAACCGCUCUUGUGAUAGCUGCAUGGACUCUGAACCGCGCGCGGCAGCACGGCUUCACUGGUAGCUGGGAAGAAACGAAAAGGAUACUUGGGGCCCAUAUGGGCCGGAUACCUGCCGGCAAAUUCCCGGAGGGGAUCUUGUCCCGGCUGCAGAUGCGGAUCUUAGAGAGGCAGUCGCUACUCACCAAGAACGGAGAGCUAUUCACAUUGACUGAGCUGCCGGGUCUUCUGCCAACGGAGAUGCAACAGCCAUGCAAGGCAUGCUUCCAGGAUGUCCUCAACACCACGGAGAAUGCCAUCCCCGUACUCAGAGGCAGCGCGGAGGCAUCGCCCUUCGCGUUUCCCAUCUUCUUGUGUCUCGUUGCCGCAGCUGGUACAACUACGAAGGCCCCAGGCUCUGCGGGAGGCCAAUUGUCGCCUAGACUUACUCGAUGGGCGAAAUUCCUGCUCGAGAACUACCCGCCACCGCCAAAUGAUGUGGCCUGGGCGCUCGAGGAUGAGGAUGAUGAGUACCUAGCGAGCCAAUUUGAUGAGGCUCUGGAGCAGAUGAAGUCACAGAGCUCUGUUGUAUUUACUGGAUUGGAGGCCUACACAGGCCCAUGGCAGAACGAUGACUGGUGGCUGUCGCCCAAUUGGAUACGCUGGGCGUGGAUGGUAGCAGAGCAGGAGUGCGUGCACAUGCCUGAAGAUCCGCUACAAUUGCUAGCCAGCGAUGGGCAGGUGAUGUUGUCCACAGGAUCGUACUUGUAUAUUCCUCAGGAGGAGUAG